GUUGGCAAAGCGCUGCUGGAGAAGCUGCUCUGGAGUUUUCCACAAAUUAAACGCAUCCACAUGCUCAUCAGAGCCAAGGCUGGCGUCUCGCCUGAGCAGCGUUUCCAGAAUUUCCUACAAAAUUGCAUAUUCCAGCGUUUGCGCAGCGAAUAUCCAGCACGUCUUCAGAAAAUCUCGUAUUUUGCGGGCAACAUUGAGGAUGAUAAUUUUGGUUUGAAUGAACGGGACAGAGGCGAGCUGUGCGCGCAGGUUAACAUUAUUUUUCACAGCGCCGCGACGGUGCGCUUCAACGAGUGCCUCAAUGUGGCAGCACGCGUCAAUUCCGUGGCCACCUACAAUUUGCUGGAGAUGUGCAGGCAAAUGAGGGAACUAAAACGUUUUCUCUACGUCUCCACUGCCUAUUGCAAUCCCGGACGCAAAUAUGUGGAUGAGUGCAUUUAUCCCACACUGCCGCCCGUGGACUGGCAGCAAUUUCUGAGCUGCACCAAGAAAAUACCCGAAGACUAUCUGAAUCGCCUGGCCGACUAUAUAAAGGGUCCACAUGUGAACACCUACACAUUCACCAAGUCCAUAGCCGAGCAGAUUGUGAACUCCUACAGGCACCUAAUACCCAUUGUCAUAGUGCGUCCCUCGAUUGUGACGGCUGCCUAUAGGGAGCCAUAUCCCGGCUGGAUCGAUAAUAUACAGGCGAUCAGUGGCAUUAUGAUGGAAAUCGGCAAGGGCGGCAUUAGCAGCAUUUUGGGGGAUAAGGAUCUGAUCUGUGAUAUUAUCCCAGUGGACUUUGUGGUCAAUGCGAUGAUCAUGAUGGUGCACAAGGCAGAGCUGGGCAGCAUCAGCAUCUGCAAUGCCACAUCGGGUGUAACGAAUCCCAUUAGCUGGCAAAGAUUGGGUGAUCUGACCAUGAAAUGGGCACGCAUAUAUCCCACCAAGCGCAUGAUUAUGUUUCCCAACUUCAAGUAUCGUCGUGGCGCCCUGAGACACGAGCUCGCCGUGUGGAUGCUGCAUUUUGUGCCUGCUUUAUUUAUGGAUCUGCGUACCUUGCUGCUGGGCUCCAAGCAGCGCUUUGUCACGCCCAUUGCCAAGAAAUUUCGGCAAGCCUGUCUGGCGGGCAGUUUCUUUUCUCUGAACGAGUGGAUCUUUAAAAAUCGCAGCCGGUUUUAUUUUAAGCAUUUAAUUGACAACGGCACAUUCCCCAUGCUCUACUGGAAUCUGGAAGAGCUCAAUUAUGAUGAUUAUGUCAGACGUCAUAUGAUAGGCAUAAAUAAAUAUUUACAUCACGAAAAGUUUACAGUCGACGCGAAUAAAAUGCAGGUGACCAGAAUCUAUUGGUUCUGGAUUUUUGCGCAUCUGUGUUUCUAUAUGCUGUUGGUCUAUGUGCUAUUAUAGACCUGUUCGUCGCUUUAAUCGUCAAUAAUAAAUUGCUUGGCUUUAACUAAUCACA